GCUGGAGGAGGUUGGGUUCUCACACGGUGGGGUCUGCAGGCAAACAAAGGGAUUCGGGAGCGGACUGUGCAACAAUCGCCACACACACGCAAACAUCUCAAGGGGGGAAAGAAACGGUUCCUAACAAUCAAACGAGCAGCCAUGCCAGCCAAUGAUAGCAGCAACCGCCUGCAGAUCCAAUUUGGGCUCAUCAACUGCGGCAAGAAGUACCUGACGGCCGAAGCUUUUGGCUUCAAGAUCAACGCGUCGGCCACCACGAUGAAGAAGAAGCAGAUCUGGACUCUGGAGCAGAACGGCGAGGACUCCAGCGUGGUGUUCUUCAAGAGCCACCUGGGCAGGUACCUGGCCGCCGACAAGGACGGCAACGUGUCGUGUGACAGCGAGCAGCCGUCCACCGACUGCCGCUUCCUCAUCGUCGCCCACGAUGACGGCCGCUGGUCUCUGCAGUCCGAACCGCACAAGCGGUACUUCGGCGGCACCGAGGACCGCAUCAUCUGCUUCGCGCAGACCAUCUCGGUCGCGGAGAAAUGGAGCGUCCACAUCGCCAUGCACCCUCAGGCCAACAUCUUCAGCGUGACCAGGAAGAGGUACGCGCACCUCAGCGCCAAGGACGAGAUCGCCAUUGACCGCGACUGCCCCUGGGGGCUGGACUCUCUCAUCACCUUGGUCUUUCAGGACCAGAAGUACAGCGUCCAGACCAGCGACAACCGCCUGCUCCGCAACGAUGGCCAGUUGGUGGAGAAGCCCGAGCCAGCCACUGGCUACACCCUGGAGUUCAGGUCGGGCAAGGUGGCCUUUCGGGACUGCGAAGGCAAGUACCUGGCCCCUUCGGGCCCCACCGGCACCAUGAAGUCUGGUAAAAGCACCAAGGCGGGCAAGGAUGAGCUCUUUGUCCUGGAGCAGAGCUACCCCCAGGUGGUCCUGAAGGCUGCCAAUGGCAGGAAUGUCUCCAUUCGGCAAGGUAUGGACCUGUCUGCUAAUCAGGAUGAAGAAAGUGACCAAGAAACUUUUCAGCUAGAAAUCAACAAAGAAACCAAGAAAUGUGCUUUCAGGACCUGCACUGGGAAAUACUGGACACUGACUUCCAAUGGAGGGGUACAGUCUACUGCCUCUACAAAAAAUGACAAUUGUUACUUUCAAAUUGAAUGGCGUGAAAGGAGAAUUGUUCUGAAGGCUGUCAAUGGCAAAUAUGUGGCUGCUAAAAAGAAUGGGCAGCUUUGUGCCAGCAUAGAAACACCAACGGAGACUGAAGAGUUUGUAAUGAAACUCAUCAACAGGCCUAUAAUAGUUCUUCGUGGAGAACAUGGCUUUAUUGGCUGUCGGAAAGUAACUGGAACCCUAGACUCCAACAGAUCUUCAUACGACGUCUUCCAUCUGGAGCUUAAUGAUGGAGCUUACAACCUCAAAGAUUCUACUGGGAAGUACUGGAUGGUUGGAAGUGAUUCCUCUGUCACCAGCAGCAGUGAUAAACCUGUGGAUUUCUUGUUUGAAUUCUGUGAUUACAACAAAGUUGCAAUUAAAGUAGAUGGAAAGUAUUUAAAGGGGGACCAUGCAGGUGUGCUCAAGGCAUCUGCUGAUGCCAUUGACUCCUCAACCCUCUGGGAGUAUUAAAUGCACUUUAUGUGGCUUCCCAGCAUCCAUUUCUUGCAGUAUCCUACCAUGGGCUGCAAUGCCUGCCCUCCUUUCACAUCAUAUUGCAACAAUUUUUUAACAAAGUUUUGUAUAUUCAUCUUGGCUGUAGCUGCUAUUAAAGAUCUUCCUUAGAUCUAUGCAGGGCAUUUAAAUCAAUACUGCGUGACCUUCCCUUUAGCAUUCCUUUAUUAGUGGGAUUUUUCUGGACACUGUAACAUUGGCAAAGUUAUGGUUAAGACUUUGUGCCUUUGCCACCUUGCAGCUGCUCUACUGCCAGAUGCUCUGAUAUUGCUAGCUACAUUUGCCAGUGCUUUGGCUAUGCCAGGCUGGGAGCUUGAGACCAUUUGCAGCCUUCCCUUGCAAAAGGAGGGGAGGGGUCAGCUCAUCGUGCUGACUUUGUACUGGAUUUUGCAGGGCAUGAUGCUGUGAAGGAGUAGUUACAUUAUCUCAUCCUUUCUACAGAAGGCAGUUUGAUUUUCUGGUUAUCCACCAACUGUGCUCAUCCCCUCAAUUGCCUGAGCAAUUUUGCUGCAUGUAGCAUUCAAAAGCUAUCACUUUAUGCAGACCCAAUAGUUGCCAUGGUUUAUCCACAAUCUAGAAAUGCUCGAAAUCAAAUUCCUAAGAGAACAAUGUAGGAACCAAUAAGACUUCUUCCAAAAGAGAAUGUCCAUCUCAAAUUCAUAAAUGUGGAAUGACAUAAGCUGGUCUUGUGUUGUACAUUUCUAUUGUUUAUCCAUGCUGUAGAUCUGCAAAUUAUUUCCACAAUGAAUAUUUGUAGUAUGAGGAAGAUGCCAUGUGUUGGUAAUUGUAACCAUCUUUCCCUUAGUCACCUGGCCAUCUCAUUUUAUCUCAACCUUGCAUUUUAGCAUUUUGUGCCUCUACUGCCAUCUUUAAUCAGACAAGUGUGCCUAAUUACCCACAGCAACAAAGUGUUAAAUAACUCAUUAGAUGCAGCAAAGGCCUGUAUAUAUUUUAAAAAAAACACUGCCACUUUGCUAGAACUUGAUGGCAAUGUUGUCUCAUUAGCAUCAUUUGCACCCCUCAUGGUAUGGCUUCUGGAAUAUUGUAGAUGUUUGUGGGCUAUUGCUGGAACUUGUAAGUAUCCUUGAACUGGAAAAUUUAGCAGUGCUUCCUCUGAUACUACCUAAUUUUCUAUGGUUCAAUAUGGGAGAGUGAACUGGAUACCCCAGAAAGUAUGUGAACUAUUUCAGUUGAGCCCCCACCCCAGCCCCAAAAAAAUGACCAAAGUCUGUGUCAUGAAUUAUCUGGUUCAAGGUGAAAGAUGGGCAGGCAUUUGGACCAGAACCACUGCUUUUAUUGGUCCACGGUAGGAUCUCCUUAAUGCAAUGUUGCAAUGUACUUUAUGGAGACUGCAUGUGGUCUUGUAAUUUGUUGUGGAGGGAUAUAUUGCCAAAACCUGCUUCUCUGUAAUGUGAAACCUUUGUAUAUUAUCCUCAAAAGCAAAUCCAACUGGAAUAAUGGUAACCAAGAAUAAUGCAAGUGCUAUAACCUUACAAUUUGUGGUAUCUUAAAUUCACUUUUUUUCUUAAAAACUGUUUGGUCCAUUAGUUCUGUGUAAAUUACAAUAUACAGUGUGGGAAUCACUGGACUUGGUCACCAAAUUCAAACUCAGCCACCAACAGGACAUUAAAAAUGGUGUAGACAUAGAUUUCACCUUUAAUGUCAGAUUCCAUAUAAAUGUAUCUUGUAGAAUUAACACUGUACUUUGAACUUUCCAUUCAAUCAUUUGUAUAACUUGGAAUGUCAUGUCAAAUAAAACAAUGUUGCAUAUGCCAAA